AUGCACUACUCCCUGCAACUACUCAUCGGGAAAUGCAAACGGCUGUCAGUAAAUGCGGCGACUGAUUGCCGCGCCACAAGCCGCCUCUUCAUAACCGACAAAAGGUCUAAAAUGCAGUUCCUAAUUGAUACCGGUUCCGACCUCUGCGUGGUGCCACGUGGGAGUUGGCCCGAUGGCAAACCGACUGAGUACAGCCUCACCGCUGCCAACGGCACUCCUAUUCAGACAUUUGGAACCGUCACGCUGCAUCUUGACCUAGGCCUACGGCGGGAUUUCGUGUGGAACUUCGUGGUAGCCAGUGUUGGCAAGCCCAUCAUUGGAGCUGAUCUCCUCGCACACUAUGGGUUGCUCGUGGACUAUCAGGACGGUAGAUUAUUAGAUAAGCUCACUCUUCUCUCCACAGCAGCGAUACGGAUUAAAUGUGACAUCUCCAGCAUUAAGACGAUUUCCGGUGACAGCGAGUACCACGCCCUGCUUUCAAAGUACUCGCAACUUACCAAACCGUCAGGCAUCACACGUCAAGUGAAGCAUAACACCGUUCAUUUUAUCCGUACCUUACCUGGCCCUCCAGUAUUUUCCAGACCACGCCGCCUGGCUCCUGAUAGACUGAAGGUGGCCAAGGAACAGUUCGAAGAGAUGGUUAGAGAUGGCACCGCUCGUCGCUCUGAUUCACCCUGGGCUUCUGCGCUUCAUCUCGCUCCAAAGAAGGACGGCUGGAGACCUUGCGGAGACUACCGCGCGCUUAACGCGCGAACAAUUCCGGACAGGUACCCCAUUAGGCAUAUUGAAGACUAUGCUCACAGUUUGGCAGGCUGCAGCGACAGCGGGGCGAAGAAGACGCGCGGAGGGAACCUACACGGACCGGCUCCCAGAUCGCUGCACGGAGCCUCAGAGCGCAUCCGAUCGCCUUCGACGCCGCACCUGUGCCGCUCUGCCCCGCCGCUCGCGCUUACGCAAACGCAACCUAUCGCUUCGCUCGCUAUAGCAUUAUUCAUUGCGCUUUUGUAG